AUGAGCCCGCAAACGAAAUGGAUAUGGGAUGGAAACCGCGGGCUGGGUAACAGGAUGGUGUCGACGUCAAGAUGUCUCAGUGCUUUCGGUUACGAUGCAAUGUCGCAGAAGUUGAACGAACCAGGCUUCAAGGACCUCCCGCAUGCGUUGUCGUUAUCGAAGCGGGAUGUGGGUGCGUGUGGUGCCAACGCCUUCAACUCAGUUUUUUGGUAUAUGGCUGAGGAAUGCGCCAGGAAACUGAGCGCUACGUCUGCACAAUACGACUGUUCCAAUUCGGCCAAAGACGAAUUUGAUAAAUACUGCAGACAGUCACGCAAGAUAAGAACUCCUUGA